AUGGAUUCUACGAGUGAUGCUCUCCAUCAACCAUUGCUAUCAGAAGCAGUAUCUAAUGUUUCGAUUAAUGGUAAUAGCGUAAAUGGAAAUGGUAUUUUAAAUCAUGAGGAAUAUCAGCCAGUUAUACCUUAUGAUCAUGACGACGUGGAUGAACAAGAACAUGUCCCAAACGACAAAUACGAUCAUGAGAAAACACAUGAUGAGAAAAAUGGUGGAUGGUGGUCAUCCGUGGCGAAAUUAUUUAAAUUUGGUAAUAGUUCAAAAUCAAAAGUUGACUGUUUAAAAAUGAAUAACAAUGAACGACAUUAUGAAGAAAAUAAUAAUAAUAGUCAAACGAAUGAUGAAAUUGAUGGACAAGCAUAUGUAAGAAUUGAUGAGACCGAUUAUGUUAAUGGAAGUUAUUUGGCAAAUGUUAAAUCACGAAGAUCAUUGAGAGAUUCUCCAACAUUUGUAGCUUAA